CUUAAGUAUGCACUUGCGAAGUUUAAUAGCACUUCUUUGAAAUAACACAUGCAUGAGUACAGAAUCAUUAAAAACGUUUUAUGGUUUAUACGAUGUACUACAUGCAUGACAUUUACGUUUCCUUUACGUUUGGGUAUUUGUACUAGAGUUAAGUUGUUCCUAUUAGAGUAAUGAACAUUGUCUUAUUCACAUUCGAAAUGUAUAUGUACAAUACAGUCUGAUGUUGUAGUCAUUUCAUUAUGCGUCCCGUCCUUGUCAUUUUUUUAACAUACAUGCAUGUACAAACUUUGAAGUUUGAUCCUAGCAUCGGAUUUUGCAACGAUACAAGGGGAAUUUGUUGUGAAAACUAUGUUUACCAGGAUGGAAAAUGUAUAGAGUGUCCCGCCGGUACCUUUGGUUACAACUGCAACUCAAGAUGCCCUAAGAACUAUUAUGGCGGACUCUGCAAUAGAAAAUGUGAUUGUUCCCGCUUCCACGUUUGCAAUCCAACAAAGGGCUGCAUUAUUGACCCAUAUGUUUUAAAAGACGAGUAUGAUUCUUGUGUGGCUGAAAAAGAAUAUUCGAAUAGAAGUGGGAAUUGUUGUAUCAAUCAGUGGAAAGCAGAACAGUGUAUAGAUUGCUGGAAGGGAUUUAUUGGGGUAAACUGUCAAGAACCUUGCCCGCAUGAGAGGUAUGGUCAAUUUUGCCUAGAAAGAUGCAACUGCAAUGGAAAUGAAAUCUGUGAUAAAACCCUUGGUUGCAUUGCUCUCUUUACAGCUAAUUUUACGCAGCCGAUCGCGAGUUUUCCAAAAGAUUUAGUGAACUGGAAAACACCCGUUGGCCUUGCUCUUGGAUUACUUUUUUCUGCGUUCAUUUUGGCGGUAAUUAUCAAAUUUAAGAGAAAACAAAGGAAAAUUAGCAACUUGAACCAAACAAAUGUGGAUAUUUCAACAACAACAAUAUUAGAAGUUCCUCAAGUCAAAGUAUCGGAGUAUCCUACACUGCUGCGGGUACCGGAUACGGAUAUUGGUAUCCAGAGCGAGGCUUAUAGCAGAUUUAACGAUUUCAAAACCUGUUCGGAAGUCUAACAGUGGAAUGUGUAAUAUGAAUAAAUACUGCAGUACAUGUAUAUAUCUUUAUUUCCGGUUCUUGUAACAUCUGUAAAUCUAUCAUUGCUGAAAACUGUUCAUUGGUUUAAUAUGAUAUAUUUAUGUAUCGUUGCUCUGCUAUUAAAAAUAUACGGAAAAGAGUGUUUUGGUCCGUAUAAUAUAAAUGUCAACAUAAUCGACCCUUAUAGGUAUACAUGUAUUUGAAGCAUUGAAAACAACUUCUGUGUAUGUAUAACUUUUAUUUAAGGUUGUAUGGUACACCAGUCGAUAUUAAUGUGGAUAAAGAUAGAAGAAAAAACCCCAGGUUAUUACAUCGGGGGAUAUCAAUAAAGGUGUCUAGAGAAUCCUCCUACCAGUUUAAUAAUUGAAAGGCCUGUUCACCUUUAGAGUUAAAUACUAGUUUUUUCGUUACAAAAUAUUUCGGGCAAAAAAGUAUACAUUUACAAGUAAAUUUUCAUCAUAAGCUGUCAAUGGUAAAGUGAUCAAAGUACAGAAGAACUGACGGGAGUUGAUUUUGUCGAUGUUUAUCUAUUUUAAAAUCAACGAUAUGUUAUUUUGCAUUAGAAGUACAAGUAGUUUCUAAUUUGAAUUACGCACAUUUUUAUAAUAUGAACUUUUGGACUUUUUCGACAAGAAUGCCGAGAAACCCCAUAUGAAUCAUGUUAAAUAAUAUUUAAAGAUAAAAUUAAUUCAAUCAAACUAUGUAUCAGUAAUAGAAAUAUUUCUAUAAAAAUUGUAUGGAUCCAGGCAAUAAUGAACAACCAAAAGCUCGGCUGACACCGUAAAUCUCCGACAAGGAUUUACGGAGACAGCCGAGCGUCAAGUUGAACAAGACUAUAUUGAACUCUGGCGUAGGAAUAUAUACGACUACAAAAAAUACUGAAAUUCUUCGUACCAUUUAAAAUCUGACUAUUUUCAAGGUAUUUAUAAACAAGAUUCCUUGAAAAACAAUGCUUUAGCAUACAUUACAUCGAAUUUAUCGAUUAUUUUCAAGAACUAUGUCUUGUCAGCAGCAAUGAUUUGUGCUGAGGUCCAAACACUGUUUCACUUUCGGUUUGUCUGAGUAACUGCAUAGGAGAGUUGAUUAAAAUCAACUCCCAAAAAUGGAGAAGAAAAAAGAACAUGUUGUUACUCUUAUAUUAAAAAAAUACAUAAUUGAUUUAGAUUUGUACAUAAAUCAAGCUAGUACAUGUAACAGCAGUACACUUUUCUAGUAGAUUUUUUGUAGGGGGGAUCAGUAUAAGUGUCUAGAGAGUCCUCUACCAGUUUAAUAAUCUACAGGCCUGGUCACCUUUAGACAAAUAUAGAUUGAAGUUCUACUACAAAUUUUCGUUCAAUAUAUUAAGAAUUUCAAAAGCAAACGUAAUGCUUUUUACUGACUUUGCUGUCAUAUAAAACUGUUUAAGUUCACUUUUCAAGAAACAUAAUAAACCAUUAUAUGUUACAAUGUCAUUCAGAACUCUGCAUUUUAUUUUAUAUGUGUACAUAUAAAAGCCACAAAGGAUAAAACAUUAUUAAAGAUAAAAGUGCUUUGUUGCAAUAUGCUGGAAAACCCAUAACAUUAACUUUCCAUGUUACAUUUAUAUUAAAGAUCUCAGAUACUUUCUUCCCAAUGGGGUUAGAUACUCAGUAUACAACAAUCAAAAAUUAGAUGUUUAAAGUUUCCUUGUACAUUACAGUUCAGACAAUUUUUAUCUUAAUUCUAUUUCCAUUUACUUACACAUUUUUUGCAAGAUAAAAUAUUAUGCAUUAAACUGUAAUUAAAUUCUGAUUCAUUUUUAUCAAAGUAGAUCUUUUUCACCUUUUCUUGGUAGAUAUACUAUAAUUGACGGUCAUCAAUACAAAAAAGUUUGGACCAAAUAUUUUCCAUUCUAGGCUCUUUUGAGUUUUUUUGCAAUUAAUGUUGUUAAAAAAUCAGAAUUUUUUUAACAUGUUCGAAAUAGCCAUGAAAAUUGAAAAGCAACUUUGUACUGCUAUUGUGUGUUAUAUUCUGUAAGACAUAUUUUAUAAGGUCACUUUUAAGAGUUAAUAAUGCACAUAGAUAUUUUUUGUCCCAGAUAUUAGACUCUUUUUAAUUUCAUUUAUUGUUUUGAAUCCAUUUAAAUUGAAUAAAUCACUCACAGAGUACUCAAUACGAUUUCAAUCCAAUUUGAAAAAAAAUAUUUUUCCUUUAUACAUUAUGUUUCUUUUGAACCAUAUCUUCUGAAACUGGAUAUUUUCUCGAUCAAUGUAUUUACACUCAUUAAAAGCGCAUAUUACUUCUUUAUAAAACCUUAGGAGGUACUUGAUAUUUAGAGAUAGUGUGUUUGUAAUAUAUAAGUGUUUAAUAAAUAAGAGAUAUCCACAUUAUACCUUUCUAUGUAAGCGUUCUAGAAUUGAUUUAAUUUGAUUUGAUUGUUAGACUGAAUAAGUUUUGAAACCCUUGAUGCUUUUAAAGCUUUGACCUUAGUUUUAUAGUCAGUGAUACCAAUCCCUCUAUGUGAUAUAUGUCUUAUUAGAGUUUACGUUUUAUUCUUUCUCUUUUCCCCAAUAGAAAUGAGAAAAUAUUUUUUUUUACUUGUUUGAAUAUAGCUUGAUCAGGGCUUUCAAGUAUUGUUGCGACAUAAAAAAGCUUAGAAAAAUUAAAGGAAUUAAUUGUCUGGCAUUUCCAUAAAAGUGUUAGCUUUUUUGUUUGCCAAGAUAUAAUAUGUUCAAUAAUGUGUUCAAUGUUUGGAAUAUGUUCAUUUUUUUUGCGUAUCAAAAUCUCCAAAAAGUUUCAUAUUCUAGGACUUCGAUGCCUUUUCUUUUACAGAAGAAGUCUCUGCUCCAUAUCUUUGUCAUGGUCAAAAUAAGGUCUAAUGGAAAACAAACCGAUUUCAAUUAACAAAAACGUGUGGAGGGGUG